GGUCGGUGUAGCUGACACUCCGCCCGGGCCCGAGGAGAGCGGCAGCAACGACCCCUGGCUGUCUGUUUUGACUGCGGGUAGCGCUUGCAUUACACUCCGUACAACAACAUCCUCGGCAAGGUGUCUGAUGCUGAGCUCUCCGCCCUUCAGCCUCUCUCUUCAGCCGUAAGCCUGAAGAGAGGCUUCCCUGACUGCAGCCGCUGGUCCUCACUGCAGAAGCCAAUGGAUCAUGGUCUGUUUGAGAUGGAGGGCAACUCGAUGUCACAAGUUCACGUUGAUGGCUUUGAUCUCUGUGACAACUUGUCAAACUCGGAGGCCCUCACCGCCCAAACGCAAAACCUCAAUGAGACACUCGCACAAACUCUCCCUCUUCCCCAAAACGAUGAGGGAGGAACGCGCAGCCCCGGCCAGAAACCCUCUCUGGGCAACAAUGAGAAGGAGGAGGAAACGGGGAUAGAGGGAUACUCAAUAGGAAGCAGAGACGUGGAUGAGGAGGAAGAUGUGGAUGAAGUGAUGAAGGAAGAAGAGGAAGAGGAGGAGGAAUCUGAGGCGUCAAGUUCUUUGAUAUGCUGCCAAUCACCAGACAAUCUGAUGACUGAUUCCUCUUAUUCAGAGACAGGCAGUUUGUUGGAAACUCCAUUUCACUUCAGCCCCGGGACCAGUCCAGAACCUGCAUCCCCCAUCAUCCCAGUCAUCAGUCCGGAAACUUUACAUCCCAUUAAUUCAGUGGAACUGAGUCAAAGUGGAGAGGAAGUAAUUUCCAGUUCCACCAGCUCUGGGUUUUCCAUCUGCAGUCAAGCGACUACAUUUAGCACGGAGUCGAUGGGUUUAACCUCAAACACUCAGCUUCACGGAUCUUCUGGGACCAGAUGUAACACACUCACCUCUGAUGCAACAUUAAAAGACUCCUGUCCAGAACAGCUUACCUCUUGCAAGGAUCCUGUCUCCAACUGUGGGCCUGCUUUGACUGGAGUAACCAGCAGCUCAAGUACUGUAUUGGUCACCAACAGAGAACCCUCUGCCUUCACUACAGGGAGUCAUACCACCGCCACGUCCUCAAAUCAGGAACAGUUUACCUCCAGUCCAGUCGCUGAAUAUUCUUCAGUCUCAACCUCGUUAACAGGGUCUGCGUUAAGCCCAACUCUCCUGGCGUCUCUGGAGCAGAUGGCAGAAAGAGAUGAUGAUGCCCACCUUCCUCAGUACCUUCACCAGAUCGCCGAGACUUUCGUCCUUCAGAAAGACUACCAGCGAGCGUUGUUGUUUAUCCAGCUAGAGCAGCUUUACCACCAGAGAGUGUUGGAAAACCUGAAUGCACUUCAACAGCAGUGGGUGAGUCACUGUGGAGGAGCGUCUCCUGAGCUGGCAGCCACACACCUGGACUCUCUGAAACACAUCUGCCAGACACACUCCAGACCGACGACACGAGAUGCUGAGGCUGCUCUUUUGGACAAUUUGAGCCUUCAGUUUGGCGGAGGGGUUUCCCGCCCUUCAUGCAUUUCAACCCAUCUGGUUGAAGGAGGGAUGGAGCAGAGAGACGAGGAUUCAUCCUGUCCUUCUGCGCUUUCCGACAAUUUGAUUAAAAGGCUCGGUUCACCUGAAACGGACCGGAAACCCCCGAAUGGAAGCUCACAGAGGACGCCUUGUGGUUCCGAUCAGACUCAAAGGCAAGCUGGCGGCAGAGAGGCGGAGGGAGGGGGAGAGCCUGCCGCUUCAGCUCGGGGAAACGGGCUGCACCCCUCUGCAGCUGGGGGAAUGGAUUGCUCCAGCCCCGCAGAGCAGCAGGAGGAGGAUUUAGGUCCGGCUCGGGAAGCACAGGCGAAGGAGGAGGAGGAAGAGGAGGAAGAGGAGGAGGAGGAGGAGAGUGAGGUGGAGGAGGCAGCAGAGGCUCUGGAGAUGGAAGACGAGGGGACGGAGGACGACGGCGAGGAGAAGCAGAGCGAGCCGGAUGCUCAUCUGAGUCAGGAAGCUCCUGCAGUGGAGACUCUGGUCAGUGGGGCAGAGCUGCAGCUGCACAGCGAGAAGCUGCACCUUUACCAGGACAUUCAGGAGGACUCUGAAAACUGCCUGAGCGAGGAGGCGCUGUCUUCCCAGGAGGCCGAUUUGGAGCAGCAAGAACAAUAUCCAGAGGAGAGGGAGGAAGAGGAGGACUACGACUUCAUCAGGAGAGCUUCUUCCCUGGACGAAAUGGCGAAGCUCAUCACAGUCGAAGAGAUGUCCCCCGUCUCUGGACUUGUCUCCAUCUUGAAGAAGCAAAGUGUGUAUGUGGACAGCCUGAGUACGUCUGCUGACCCAGAACUCACUCCGGAGAAACCCACGACCAAGAGACGCGUCCGCUUCAAAGUUCCCGAUGAUACCUAUGACCAUGAUGUUGGCGGUGGAGACUCCUGCCUGCUGCUCUUCCUCCUCUGUCUGGUUACCGUCGUCAUCAGUGUCGGCGGCACCGCCCUCUACUGCGCUCUGGGGGACGCCCAGUCCUCCGUCUGCCAGGACUUCUCCAGAAACGCAGACUUUUACUUCGGUCAGAUCCGUCGGGGGAUAACCCGGCUGCAGCACUGGUAUUCCUCCGGGUUAUAGCAGGAAUCCUCUGACGGGUGUUGAGGUAACGUUCCUCGUGAAGAGCUUACUGCCGUUUAUCGAGUGGCUAGUCGUCUCCUUCGGAUGCAUUUGGCGUUUUCAAACCCGCAAUGUCGACGCUCUGCGAACGCAUUUCCAGUGCACUUUUAAUAAACAUGUUUCAGAUGCCUGUUCACGGAGAAAUCUGAAGAAAAACUAAGAUAAUUAACUUGUGAUGUCUUAAUUUUUGUACGGCAGAAAAUCUGUCAGCUUUCUUACUUUGUCCGUCAAAAUUAAAGAAAGUCUUAUGUGCACAAAUGUUGCUGAGAAGUUUAAUACUUCAGCUUCAAACGAAUUUACUAACUGAUGCGUAAAAUAAUGUCUGAUUUAAUCUCAUUAAGUGUUUUGUAAUUGGUGCAACCAAAGGUGUUGCUUUUACUGUAGAGUUUUUUUAAAAGACAGAAAAUGUAACUUGAGAGAUAAGACUGCAUCUGUCUGCUACUUUGAAUGAAAUCACUUUGUCCUAAGUGUAUCUUAAAAAUAUAAACGAAUGUUUGGAGCUUAAUUAUGAACUUUGCUUUGAGGCAUCUUUACAAAUCAUCGUGAAAUGUUAUUAUUUACCAUCCGUGAAUUGCUAAUGGCGUACAAUCGUGUUCUAUUUGUUCUACGUUGGUGAAAAGAAGAAUAAAAAAUCAUUGUGAAAUAACUUAUUUUAACCUUUUCGUUGCGUUUGCAAUGUGCAGCUCCCUGUUGUUUGAUCCGACUCGGCGCCAUGUUUUAACUCUCUCUGGGUUUCACCGAUCAGGAUCUGGUUUUGUGUAGCAUAUUUAAAACGUAGAGAAAACGGUGCACAUUUGUACAUGCUGUCAAAUGAUUGUUGAACGUGUUGCACAUGAGACCGGUACUUUUUAAGAAAAUAUUUUUGAAGAUUUUGCAAUAUUUCUACAGGCAUUUCCUUCUGUUAGGAGUUGACAUCGUCAGAUAGCCAUUCGUUUGCACAGACCACUUCAGCAGAAAACUCAUGAACUACUUAAGUGUUUGUGUCAAAAUAUGAAAUGUUUUAUCGAUGAGAAACAAAAAAAUAUAUAUUGUUAAUGUUAUUUACUUGGUGUAGAUAAUGGAUGCAGGACCACAUGAAGCUCAAUCUGCCUGUGUGUUUGUUCUUUCAGGGAAUUCUGGGAAUUAAUCCGCUAAAACAUCCGGUUUGUUCUGGUAGAUUUUCCCAAAAAUAAUUUUAGGAAAUCAGAAUGACUUUCCGCCACUUGGUCUUCCAUAUAUAACACAGACUUUGUGCUUUAUUUAUUGUCUUUGUAAACCUUAGUUUUGUCUCGUUGAGAUGAUUAUGUAGCCCAAUAACCUCUUUUGAUUCGAUUCUAAGGCGUCAAUUUGUUUUCACAAUGAAUUUCAUUGUGAAAAUCCUCACAGAAAAGUGGACAAACGUCUGUAAAAGAGGGAAUAUGAAUGUUUCUCUAAUCUUUACUUAAAGGGCUCAUAUCGUCUAUUAUUUAACUUUUCUUUUCAGGGUAAUUUUCCAUGAUUGAAAUUUCCUAAAUAUGAAAGAGAAAAAGCAAAAGCUGCACAUAAAUUGGACAUAAACCUUGUUUAAGUUAGCUUUUUUUGAGAUGGGCAGAGUACCAAAUAUUUUACUCAAAAGUUUAUUUAUAUUAUCAUUUACGGCGGCCUAAGCUGAGCAAAUCCUUCACAACAUCACAAGUAUCUAAAUGAUGAUGUAGAAAAUAACAUUUCAGUUUAGUAAAAAUAAUAAAGCAAUUAUAAAAUUGGAAAAAAUACCAAAAGCCAAGACAAUACUUACUUAACUUUAGCCCCAGUGAUUUUCUUUAACUUUUCUCUUCAAUUGCACAACUUCAACAUGUUUCUAACCAGGCAAAAGUAGAGUCUGGUUAAAAAUAUCCCAAGGAAAAAAUUAUUAUAGCAAAAUCUAGACUUAUUUCAUGGGACUGAGGUCAAACUGUUGUGUUCACAGCCAAACAGACUUUAAAA